UGGGCGAGGAGAGGGGGGGGGAGCCCGGGACCGGAAGUGGACGCCGGCCUUGUCGGGGCGGUGAGAGACGGCGACGGGGAGACGCGGCCUCCGCGGCCAUGGACGCCUGGGUUCGCUUCACGGCGCGGAGCCAGGGCCGGGAGCGGCUGCUGAGGACGGCACAGUAUGCGUCUGCGUUGCUGGCGUAUUCGCUGCGGCGUAGCGGGGCCGGUCCCGAGCUGGUGACACGUCUCACACAGCUGGAGGCUCAUCUCAGCCUGGGACGCAAACUGUUGAGGUUGGGAACGUCGGUGGAGUCGGUGGAAGCCGCCAAGAGGGCGAUACACCUGCCGGACCUGACGCUGAGACUGUGCGUCACCAUCGCCCACCUCAACCGAGCCGUCUACCUGGGCUGUGACAACCUGCUGUGGGCCGGCAAGGUGGGCCUGGUCCCUGGGCUGGACCAGGCCAAGUGGAGCCAGCGCUCCUACAGGUACGACCUGUUUGCAUUGCUGCUGAGCCUGAGCCGUGACGUGUACGAGCUGAGCGUGUUGGCGGAGCGGGAGGAGCGGAGUCGUGGGAAGGGGGCGGGGGCCGAGGGUCCCGGGGGUCCGGACGGUGGCCUGACGCCAGCGGGGAGGGGCCUGGCCCGGCUGCGGCUCCUGUGGGGGGUGCUGCGCUCCAACCCCCCGCUGCUGCUGGACCUGGUGAAGAACGGCUGCGACCUGCUGAUCCCCCUCGACCGCCUGGGCUUGGUCCGGACCAGCCCCGGGCUGGUGGCCCUGUGCGGCCUCUCCUCCUCCCUGCUGUCUAUAGUCAGUAUCGCACAGCCCUGGCUCAAACUCAAGCCCUGACCGACCAGAGUCACGGAGCCACGGACCCCCAGAGACUCCGAGCUACACACGAGUGCGGACACAAAUCUCCCAGCCCCCAGUGUCACCGACCGACCGACCGACAUCACAGUCCCGGCACCGACCUUCUAUCCUGGCUACGAACAGACCAGACACCAGACUACCCUCACCUCAUGGACACUAACUACCAAAGAACCUACAGCGGAGCAAGAUAGACCACUCCUGCUGAAUGUGAUGGGCUGACGUGUAGUACGCAACGGGGCCUUUUUUUCAUACAUUCCAGUAACCCAACCCGACCCGACUCACAGUGUAAUCAAUGUUGCGGGGGAACAGUUUGUGUUUAUAAAUUAAAAUUCUGAAAAUGAGAAGAUUUUUACCACAUAAUUUUUUUUUUUACGAGGAUGUUUCGGUAAACCGGCUUCCGUCUCCGCACUAGUAUCCUCUGGGAUCUUCGGUGCUGAGACUGGAAGCUGGUUACGGAAAUGGGGCCGAAAAUUACCCUUGACUGGACGACGUCUUUUUGAUCGAGUGGACUAUCUUGCUCGCUGUAGGAUCUCUGCUAACCACAGUCCCGACUCAAACUCAAGCCCUGACAGAGGAGAGACACUGACCUGCCGGCUUCAAGGCCCUGACCCAUGGACCAAGAUCACUGCAUGGACAAUUAAACCCCAGCCCUGGCUCAGACCCAACCCCUCUGUCACAGAGUGAUACAGUAUGGAAACAGGCCCUUCUGCCCCAACUACACUAGUCUCACCUGCCUGCGUUUGGUCCAUAUCCCUCCAAACCUGUCCUAUCCAUAUACUGUUACAUAAAUGUUUCUUAAACAUUGGGAUAGUCCCAGCCUCAACUACCUCCUCUGGCAGCUCGUUCCAUACACCCACCCCACCCUCAAGAUUCCUAUUAAAUCUUUUCCCCUUCACCUUGAACCUAUCUCGUCUGGUCCUCGAUUCCCCCGACUCUGGGCAAGAGACUCUGUGCAUCGGACCGCCUCCAACCAACCUAACAAUCCUCCGUUGCCUCUGCUCUUCCUGGAGACCCCCACGGAUGGGUAGCGUCGACCUGAAGGGAUCCGGUUUCACCGUCUCCUCACCAUUGUUGACCCAGAGUGCUGGAGUAACUCACAGCGGGACAGGCGGCAUCUCUGGAGAGAAGGCAUGGCUGACACUUCGGGUCGAGACCCUUCUUCAGACAGUCUACAGAAUCUAUAUAAAGAAGCUUUUUUUUGUAUUUAA